ACCCCAUUUGACAUCAGCUCCUAACCUAAUUUUAUUUUAAUGGAAUAUUGUGAUUGUAGCAAUUGGUAUUUGCCAACUUGAUAAAUAAAGAAUCUAAGUAUUGACAUUUUAACUGACAAAGUUUAAGAAAUUUGAAGAGAGAUGUAUACAAUUAUUAUAUUCACAUUAUUUUGAACGUUCAUAGCUGAAACAAAGACUUUAUUCAAAUCACCAAAAUGACUUACGUUAACAAAAGGACAAGGGCUUUUCAGAAUCCAAAUGAAUUACAAAUAACACGAGUAAGAUCGGAAGGGCGCAUGAAAACAUAUCAAUCAGCACAGGACUUAAGAGCUUGGAGUGAUAUCACAGAGGAAAGAAGACAGUAUAUUUUAGAUUAUCAAUCCAAACCCAGGCUGGGUUUGCAUUCAGGAAAAAUAAUACCAGUGGAAUAUUUGGUCGAAUCAAUAGCAGCUUUCAAAAACGAGAGAAUAAAACAGCUGGAACAAAGGAUCAAUUAUUUAGAAAAGAUACUCUAUUUAUACUCUCAGCUGGAUUUGGCGCCUCAACAGAAGAAAAAACUUGAUGAAUUGAAAAAGGAACUGAAUUCAGCAUAUUCUGAAUUAACAGCUCUUCAUGAGGAUGUAUGUGAAUGUACUGCAUGCCAUAACUUCCCAGAGAGUAAGAGAAAAGAAUUAGAAACCGCUUAUUCCCAUUGGGCAAAAAGAACAUUCAAGGAAGAUAAGGAUUUGAAUUCUGGUGGAACUGAAACAUUAAUAACUUGUGUUUGUGUAGCAUGCCAUAAACAUUCUGAGCCAAAGGUAAUAUAGCAAAACUUGAUAUACAAUAUUCAACAAUUUCAGUAGAUAAUUCUUAAACAAUUAUUUUAGCAUCAUAAAAGUUC